CCCCCAGACACCAUAACGUUUUAGUGCUUCUACGUUGUUGCAAUGGCCCGUACUAAACAGACCGCCCGCAAAUCCACAGGCGGGAAGGCUCCCCGCAAGCAGUUGGCCACCAAGGCAGCCAGGAAGAGCGCCCCGGCCACUGGCGGAGUCAAGAAACCCCAUCGUUACCGCCCAGGGACUGUGGCUCUCCGGGAAAUCCGCCGCUACCAGAAAUCCACUGAGUUGCUGAUCCGCAAACUGCCUUUCCAGCGUCUGGUCCGGGAGAUCGCCCAGGACUUCAAGACCGAUCUGAGGUUCCAGAGCUCAGCCGUUAUGGCUCUGCAGGAGGCCAGCGAGGCUUAUCUGGUGGGGCUCUUUGAGGACACCAACCUGUGCGCCAUCCACGCCAAGAGGGUCACCAUCAUGCCCAAGGAUAUCCAGCUGGCCCGCAGGAUCCGAGGGGAGAGGGCUUAGAUCCGAGGGGGUUUUACUCACUGGGCACAAAGGCUCUUUUCAGAGCCACC